CACACGCGCUUAACUUUUUUUUUCUUUUUCUUUCACCUUCUAGGGAAAGAAAUAGGCCAUUCUCUUCCUUUCCCUUUCCUCUGCUCAUGGACGAGACGAAUCGCCGAUUCACAGAUUACUGACCCGACCCGUCUUCCAGCCCGAUGGACAUCCACGGAUCUGCUGCACGCUUCCGCCAACGGAAAUCCUCUCCUUCCUCCGACCGAUUCCUCGACGCCUUCUUCUCGCCGCCGCUCCACCGCGACAAGGACAGCGUCCUCGCCGCCGCCGCCGAGGACAGCGAGCUCAACGAGGACGAUAUCUUCUCCACGGGAGACUUCUCCUCCGAUUCCGCCCGGAUUCAGCACCAACAGAGGCGCAACCACCUCCGCAGCGCUCCCCCGCGCCACAAGGCCUUCCCCGAUUCGUUCGGAAUCCUUGCGGCGUUGCCGGAGAACAGAACCGGCGGCGGCAGCGGCGUAGCCGCGCCGCAUCACCACCACCACUUGUACCAGAAAACCGCUCUCUCCUCGCCUCCUUCCUCCUCCUCCACCGCGUCUCCGUUGUCGAAUUCUUCGUCCUCUCGCCUCAUCCCCUGCAUCCCCAAGCCGCCGCAGGAUAGGUUACCGUCGUCGUCCUCCUUCUCCUCCUCCUUCUCCAAGCACCAGCACCCGCAGUCGGCGCCGAUAAAUGUCCCCGUCCUCGCGUCCGCGAUGGCCAGGAGGCGGAACAGGGAGUUCGACGAGAUUGAUGAGCUGGAGGACGAGGAUGAAGGCGACGGGGGCGAGAUGCUUCCCCCGCACGAGAUCGUGGCCAGGACGCAGUCCCCGAUUCUGUCCUGUCCGGUGCUCGAAGGCGCCGGGAGAACGCUUAAGGGAAGGGAUCUUAGACAGGUAAGGAAUGCAAUCUGGCGGCAAACUGGCUUUCUAGAUUGAUUCGUUGAAAGAUUGGAAAUUGUUUGUUUCAUUUCUAGGGAUUUUAGGUUUCUGCAACAGACAGACAGUCCCCUUCUCUGUUGUAAGUAAGAAAUUGCAUUUGGUGAUUGUUAGAAUGGGAAAUUGUGUAUAUCCUCAGUUCAUUCUCAAUGAAAUUGGUCGUUUCCCACCAUGUUUGUAUGUCCAGAGCUUCGCGCUACCGGCAAGGUUGUAAGCUCGAAUCCUCGUAGCUUUGUUCGAUGUUCUUGAUUCAGUAGGAUAGCCUCGAGCGAAUGCUAUCAGAUCGCGUCAUAAGAGAAGUUUAAAUUUGUGCUAAUUGCAUAGGAAUUAGGCAAUGAAGUGGAGUGUGGGAUUGUAAGAGUGAGACAGUUCUAUUAGUUCUGCAGCAUUCAUUCCUUUGGCUUUUCUUGAUGGAAUGGGGAGGAUAGUAGCAAUGAGUAAAGAAAGUAGUUCUUU